AUGCAGCGCCGUGUCCUAUCCGUCAUUUUUUCCACGUAUCAACAACCAUACCAUUAUCCUAUACGGUUCCUCAUAUGCAGCCGUCCUGAAUCCUGGAUUCGACAAGAAUUUAGUUGUUUCAGUGACCUGACCAAACAUAUCGAACUGGAUGAUUCGUUCCGCCCCCAGUACGACAUUGAACUUUAUCUCAAUCAGCAGUUUCAGGAGAUCCGAGAAGAUCCCAGCUAUUCGCAGGUUGUAUUCCCAAACCCGUGGCCAUCUCCCCAUCAUGUUUGGCUCCUGGUUCAGAAAGCCGAUGGCCAAUUCAUUUUUGUGAUAACUGCUAUGAAGUUUGUCAAGAUGGAGUACACACUUCCAACUGAUCAGCUUUGCAUUAUCCUCAAUACUAUAUGCAAUCUUUCCUCUAUAUCUUCGAUUUAUUCGUCCUUCGAUGAUCUUGACCAACUUUAUCUCAUGGUAUUACGUGCCAACCCUGACUGCGAUAAGCGUCUGCUCUCCAUCCUUGCAGUGAUCACCAUAGUUCCAGACUCAUCUCCAGCAUUCAUUGAACUUUUACUUGGGCUCUCUCCUGGCAUGGUGGCUCAGACAUUAUGUGCGAUGCACUCGGUACUCAAUGUCUGUGGUUGGGAAGAUGACAUUGGCGUUUACCACCAAUCUUUUACUGAUUUCCUUUUCAGCCAGGCACGGUCAAGGGAGUUCUACAUCGACUUCUUGAUGUGGAAGGACUCCCUGGCCUGUCAGUGGACUAGACUCCUUACCGAGCGGUGUAGAGAUGAUCCUGAGCUGCUAAGGACCACACGCUCGGCUUACUCGAGUUCUUUACGAAAAUUGGUACAAUGCUGGAGCAAUGACUGCCUUUAUCGAGUGGGUCGUAUCAGUAGUGCGCUAAUGUCAGAAGUGGAUGCUUUUUACCACGUGGCUUUGUCUAUUUCCGCGGAGCUAGUGGGUCACAAAAUGCUCCUUCAGAUACUUGCAGUAAUUCUACCAUCUCGUGGUCCAUACUCUCCCGGGUUCAUCCAAUUAUUGCUUGGACUUCAGAGAGAGGAUUUAGAUCGGGCAUUGCAAGCAAUGGACACAAUUAUCCACAUAAACUCUUGCUCCGAUCGACAACCUGGUUUCCAAUGCAUUUCUCUUGUUGACUCCACACAUUACACAUUCCGGGAUUUCGUCUUCUCCCGUUCUCGGUCAAAGGAGUUUUUCAUUGAAAAAUGCUAUCAUAGCAACUUCCUUGCACUGAAAUGCCUCCGUCUUUUACAAAUGGAUCCGACUCGCCACGAUCUGAGGGUUUUGUUCAUGGGAAAUUGGGCUCACAUCUGCACUGGCAUCGACAAUCUUAGUGCGGAAUUGUUGUUCGAAAUCUGCCGUAUGGAGUUAGCGGCGCCUUCGUGA